CAAAUCAUCCGAAGCCCCAACCAAUCCCACCAAUUCAAAUAUACAAAGUUACUCAGGUACCAGUUUCAGCCACAGAAACUGCAGCUGCUUAUUCACGGGGAGAGUGGACAUCCGAUGCGGGAGCCGUCGAAGGCUGCUACUUAGGUACAGCAGUGCUUACGCUGCAUUUAAUUCCACAUGCACCCCUCAUCUCAAGAUCAAGAUCCCUCGUAGACAACCAAGAUCCUACAUACGAAAGAAUCGAUUUGUCCGCCAAUUUAGAUCCUUACGGAUAAGAAAAAGGAAAAUGGAGUUUACGAUUUUGAAGUACUUUCUUGCGGGAGAAACAGUCGCUGCGAUGGCAUCGUUUGUUGGAUUCUUUCAGCGGAUGUGGACUGUGGUCAACCCACCACAGCCAGCUAAAUCGGCGAAUGCGAUUCGGAUUGGGUUGUUGGGUGCUAGUAAUAUUGGGUGAGUACCUUCUUACUCUUAUGAGAGAGGAAUUGAAGUGCUAAGCUAAAGAUUCUUGCAGGCCAAUUGCAAUCAUCAACCCCGCUCGAUCCCAUCCCGAAGUGAUCAUCGCCGCAGUCGCAGCUCGCGAUGAAGCCAAAGCAAAGAAAUACGCCGAGAAAUACGGGAUUCCUACUACAUUUGCGAGUUACCAAGGUAUUUCUCACUUCAAAGUUCAUGUGCGGAUAGGUAGACUGACGGACGGACGCUUCUAGACCUCAUCGAUGAUCCGUCAAUCGAUGCAGUCUACAUCCCCCUCCCCAACGGCCUCCACUAUGAAUGGGCCCUCAAAUGCCUCGAAGCAGGGAAACACAUCCUCCUUGAGAAACCCUCCGUCUCGAACGCCACACAAGCACAAUCCCUCUUCUCCUCUCCCCUUCUACAGACCCCGAAUCCGAAAACGGGUGCCACACCAAUCAUCCUCGAGGCUUUACACUCCCUUUUCCACCCCGCCUUUCAAACGUUCCUCUCUCUCCUUAAUAGAGAUAAUAUCGAACAUGUCACCACGACGAAUUCAGCCCCGAAAUGGGCCUUCCCUACAAAUGAUAUCAGGUUCUUGUACUAUCUCGCUGGGGGAGCGCUGAUGGAUUGCGGGACGUAUAAUGUUAUGGCUCUACGGUCGGUUUUUGGAGCGGAGCCUGAGGAGUGUCUUGAGGCCGGGAUUAGACAUCUGCCGAAGGGUGCGGAUCCCGUUUGUGAGGAGGCGGUUACUGCGAAGUGGAGGUGGGGGAAUGGUGGGAUUGGGGAGUUGGAUGCGGAUUUGAGACGGGGGGUUAGAUGGGCUGGGUGGUUUGGGUGGGUUCCUGUGAUUCCAAGUCCUGUUGUGAGAGUGAAGGAGAGGGAGGUUGUUGGACCUGUGCGUGAGGGACGGGAGGAAGUGGUGACUAGAUCGGUGGAGAUGUGGAAUUUUUUGAUGCCGUUUCUUUGGCAUAGUAUUGUGAUUAUUGAAGAGCAUGUUGUUAGGGAGGUUGGGAGCAAGAAGGUUGUGAAGCAGUGGACUGAGAAGGAGAUGGAGAAGGCGUAUAAUUGGAUGGAGGAGGGCAAGAAAGGGGAGAUUUGGUGGACUACUUAUCGGUGUCAACUUGAAGAAUUUGUGAAUCGGAUCCGAGGGAGAGAAGGGAGUGGGGUUUGGAUCGACGGUGAGAGUUCGGUCUCACAGAUGAAGAUGAUUGAUAGUGCUUAUGAGAAGGCUGGUUUACCUCUCAGACCUUAGUGGGUUGUUGGAAAACUUUGGAGGAGUUAUGGAUACCCUGGAGCUUCGUCUG